AACUGUAAGAAUCUCACGUAUAAAUUGUUAAAUUUUGACUGGGAACUCCCCAAGAAAUUUGUAUCGGCCAGGUGGCCAAUGAAGUCGCAAGUUCAUCAUGAUAAUGAUUUUGCAUUGGGCAUGACGUGUGGGGAUUAAUUGGAGGCAAGUUAAUUGUCGCAGUGAAGGCUACGCUACCGAAUGGUUUUGGUAGAUGAGUCUUGGCGAUUUUAUUGUGUCCCUUUUUCAAUUGCCAUAUAAGAUGGGAAUUUUGCAAUUAUUUGAAUUAGUAGGUGUACCGAAGUGUUUCUCAUGAAGCAGAAAUGUGAUUUUUUUGUAUCUUCUUCGUAAAAAUCAAAACUCGUUUGCUACUUAAAUGAGCCAGCGAUCGUUUUGGGCUCAAAACUGACCAAACAUUCAGCAGUUCAGAUAGUUUUUAUUCAACCACAGACAGGUCAUCAUGUCUCGCCAAUUUUGCGCGCUUGUGGCGAUUCUCAUCUUCACUUUGGUCGACGGGGCACCACAAACUUCGCCAACAAUCGUUCCGCAAAUUCGCACAAAUGGCUUUCAACUCGAGCCCCUCAACCAAGAAUACUUUCUCAGAAUCGAACAUCCGGGUGGCACUAUUCGGCAGGAAUCCGUGAGCCAGAAUGAAGCAGGUCACCUGCAGGUCAAAGGUGUGAUUAACCAGCCCUUCGAGGAUCAGGGCGCCAAUCUUAUUGUCACCUACGAGGCGGGUCCGAAUGGAUAUGUGGCAAAGUACAGCUACGGCAAGGGUCCUCCAACGCCCCCACCAGACACUCCACUAUUCCUCAGUCCCACCGCUCUGAAAACAGCAGCUGGAUGAAGUUUAGUAGUGAUAUUAAGGAGAGAUUAGAACCACAACUUGCCCUAAAUUAUAUUUAUAGUCAUUUC